GUUGACCCUUCGCUUCAAGUCCGAUACCUUAUUCAUUCUAGUUUUUUCUUUGUAGUCAAAAACUGAUGCUGUCAUCUCAAUACAAGCUGCUGGAGUGAAAUAAUAGAUUCCAUUGACAGAAUUAGAAAUGGACAGGGAUGUUGUCUAGCUUCGAUCUGCCCCUCGAUCGUCCCGAUGUCCUUCCAAACAACAACCAAAGAUUCGACAUCGACACGUUACCACGAAAAACGGAUAUAAAAACGCCUACUCAGAGUAGCUAUAGCUUCACGCUCGCCAUUAUACGCUCUUUCUUUUACACACAUAUUCAAAGAUGGCGACGGAAACGCCGCUCUUCUCCGAGCCGUCCGCUGGUACAACCAACCUCCAAAUCACCAACACACUCCCAGAUGAAGUAGCACAGUGUCUACAAAAUGCUCGAUUCGUAAGUGAAAUCCUCACUCCUGACUUUCUGCAAAAUUGCAUCUGCUUAUACAACCUGCCAGCUACAUCUGGCAACGACAUUAGAUCAAUACCCGCAUGUCUCCCUCAUGAACUACACCUACCUACCAACCUCACCCUACAGCACCUCCCCAACAAUAAUAAUGACCACUCACCCACACUCUCGCAAAACCCUCAAUCUCAUCUCCAACCCUCACGUCUCUCUCCUAGUCCACGACUGGGUCUCCCACCGUCCGCCAACUACCUCCGCCCGUCGACCUUCCACCACCGGUUCUCCGCCCCCAGAAGCCACCCGGUCUUCUCUCGCGACUCUUCUCUUGAAUUUGAAUACCAGCGCUAUCAGCAGUAUAUCCGCGACGAUAAACGGCGAGGCGAGAUUAGUGGAGGCGGGUACGGAGGAGGAGAAAUACUAUAAGGAGGAGCAUAUCGAUAAUAAUACUUUCACUGGGGAUGAGGAGAGGGGCUGGAGACAGACUGAGGAUUGCGAUGGGGGAAGGGGAAGUUUCAUUGAGGGUGAGGGAGUGAGGGUUGUUGCUGUUAGGAUUACGAAUGGGAGAGUGAGUGAUUGGAAAGGAGCAGUGAGGGAUUGGAGUUUGGAAGGGGCUGAGAGACCUGCUGAGGAGAAUGGGACGGGGGAGAGAUUAGUUAAUGGGGCUACGCCUUGAGAAUGCGAGAAUAUGAUUGAAGAUGGGAGGAUUGUACAGCUAAGUAGACUUUUCAAGUGCCUUUACACGUCGCGGUGGUUUUUGUGCUCAUUUGUUGGUCCCCUGCUUUCAAAUCUCUCAGACCUGGCAAGAGAUUUGGCCAGAACCUUGGUAAUAAGUUCUGAGAAAUUGAGUGACCGGAGAAGUUGACAGACUAGAAUUUAGAUAUUGUCUCGUGAGGUUUGAGGGAAAU